AUGAAGCUGUGCAUAAUGGAUCUGCGCACCCACUCUGUCAAUUGCAAACCUGUGCUCUCUAGGGUGAAUGCUAAAACUGACCUCAAAUGUUGUCUGUCUGUGUUCUGUCUGUAUCUCUCCACAGGGCCCUUACUCUGGGAAGGGCGCCUGUCAUGUUUUCUUAUCCAUGCUUCUGUUCUCCUGCUGCUCAGCAAGGGGGAACGGAUGUGUCCUGUGCAUUGCCGCUGCGAAGGAAAGAUUGUUUACUGCGAAUCAGGCGCCUUUCAAGACGUCCCGGAGAACAUCUCUCUAGGGUGCCAGGGUCUGUCCCUGCGGUACAACAGCCUCCUGUUGUUGCUACCUUACCAGUUUGCUCACCUCAACCAGCUGGUCUGGCUCUACCUUGACCACAAUUCCAUCAACGUAGUGGAUAGACUGGCUUUCCAAGGACUCCGUAGGCUAAAGGAACUAAUCUUAAGCUCUAACAAGAUUGUGCAGUUGCAAAACAGCACCUUUGAGAGUGUCCCAAACCUUCGCAACCUUGACCUGUCCUACAACCAGCUGCAGGACUUGAUGCCGGGGCAUUUUUAUGGACUACGCAAACUUCAGAAUCUUCACCUGCGAUCAAAUAACAUCAAUACCAUCCCUGUCCGUACUUUUAUGGAAUGUCGAAGCCUGGAGUUUCUAGAUUUGGGUUAUAAUCGCCUAAGGACUAUAACUCGUACGACCUUUCUGGGACUGCUCAGGCUGACAGAACUUCACCUUGAGCACAAUCAAUUUUCUAGGAUUAACUUUUUCCUAUUUCCACGCCUCUUAAAUCUGCAGGCACUUUAUCUGCAAUGGAAUCGCAUACGGACAGUCGUCCAAGGUUCGCCUUGGACUUGGCACACUUUACAGAAAUUGGAUCUAUCAGGCAAUGAGAUUCAAGUUUUGGAUCCUGCUAUUUUUAGGUGUUUGCCAAACUUGCAUAUGCUCAGUCUGGAGUCUAACAAGAUCAGCAACGUGUCCCAGGAAGUUGUUUCAUCAUGGAUCUCAAUUAGCACUAUCAACCUGGCAGGAAAUAUAUGGGACUGUAGCUCUAGUAUUUGCCCCCUGGUGUCUUGGCUGAGGAAUUUCAGGGGAACUAGAGAUGCCAGCAUUAUUUGCAGCACUCCCAAAUCCCUUCAGGGGGAAAGAGUCAUGGAUGCAGUGAGGAACAACUCAGUGUGUGAGGAGAUCCAAAUCACCACUACAACCCCACGCACCACAACUAGACAGCUUUCUCAAGUUACCCACAUACAAAGACUCACCCCAAAGGAUUUAUUUCCUGUUCAGUCCAACAAUGAAUUCCUACAACCCCUAACGGUAACACCUACCAGCCUACCCUUCACCCCCGAACCCGAGUUUGAGCAUAUGACCUUCCACAAGAUCAUCGCCGGCAGCGUUGCCCUAUUUCUCUCAGUGUCUUUAAUCCUGUUAGUGAUUUAUGUGUCAUGGCGACGAUACCCUAACAGCAUGAGGCAACUCCAGCAGCACUCUAUUCGACGCAAGCGCAGGAAAAAGACUCAAGAGCCUGAGCACAACAUCAACUCUCAACUGCAAGAGUACUAUCUAAGCUACAACCAUGCCAAUGCUGAGACCAUGGACUCUUUGGUUAACGGGGCAUGCACCUGCACCAUCUCGGGCUCCAGAGAGUGCGAGAAUGCAUACAUGUAUCCCAGACCACUUCCAGGGGCCUGGAUGGGAGACAUAUCUACAAUUCACUGAGGGGCCCGUGAGAAAAUGCACCACUGCCCAUUAUGAUUUGCAGCGGCUCAGAUAAAG